CACAAGAUUCCGUCGUUGUUAACUGGCUGGAAUAUAAUGGCAAAGCUGAAAAGUCGUAAUAAUUUAAAGCUUAUCGCUGGAGUUGUCGCUUUAGCUGGAGUCGUUCUUCUUAUCGUUGGAAUUGUUUUGAUCGCAAAAGCCAAUAAUGAGGAAUGUACAAGUAGCGAAGAACCUGAGACGGGUCGAUGUGGUUAUUCCUCAGAAGCGAAGCGAGCGGGCUUAGAUAAAUUUCUCCAGAAAGUUCAAGACACGUACUUCGAACUUCACCCUCAAGACUUGAUUUUCAAACCCGGUGGUGUAAAACCAGACGAGUAUUUGGCUGAGUUCAAACCGUACAAUCCAGAACCCGGAAACUUGAAGCGAAUCACGGACACUGCGCGACAACUGGUAAAGCAAUUGAAAGAUUUGGGUGUUAACACGCUUUUCUUGAAGCCGCGUGAGAAAAAAGCCCUGGCGCAAGUUAAGCACUACCUCCAAAACAAUUUUGGACAACCCUACGAUUCAAAUUACUACGCUGGCGAUUUUCUUAUGGGGCCGAAUCUUUUUUGUUGGCAACCAAUUUGCGACGUUGGGCACCACGAUAUCCGAAUGGGUCUUGGAAAUUUACACCCGCGAGACCUAACUCAAUUACGUGUGUUUCUUGAUAAGACAAAGUUAGUGGCACACACUUUCUCGACAUACAUCGAAAACUUGCGGAUCGGUGUCACGGCUGGUAUGGUGCGCUCAAAAGAGGAAUGCAGUGCUGGACUUAAAUCAUUCAAACGAAGGUAUUUGCAAGUAUCGCUGCAAGGCGUAAAAGGGAUUCACCACGAAUACUUCAUGAAGCCAAUAUUUUCUGAACAAUUCGUAUCUGACUUAAAACCAUCCCACUUGGAAGAGUGGAAAAAGGACAAUGGGAAGACUGUAAACGAGUCCAUUCGGGAAUACGCCGAAGAAUAUAUUGGUAGACCCAUCCAUGAUGUAAUCAGAUUCCUAGAAACAGAGAACCUCAUGCACUGUGUGCCGAGCUCCAUCUCCAGCGGUCUGGCAGAGCUUCCACUCUCAUCUGUGUACGUAAAUGGGAGUCGAACAGCGGUGAGCACAACUAAACAGCUGCCAACCGGUGAAACGUUGGACGGCAAGAAAGCUUACGAAUCGAUCUUACCUUAUUUCACGACAACAAGCUUGUCACCGGACGAAAUUCACCAACUUGGGAACGAAAUGUUAGCGAAACUGUAUCCAGAGGUUCUUGAAAUCGCACGCAGUGUGACGAACCAGGCCAAUAAUGACACUGCAAAGGACCUCUUCAUCAAGCGCCUGAAUGAAUCAGACAUGUACUUCACAGACAAACCAAUCCCUGCCAACGAAUCAGACGAAAAUGCGUUUAACCUCUGCAGCUCUGAGGAAGGAGCGAAGAAGUAUUGUCCAAAACGCUGGGAAGCCAUGCAGAAGUGGAUUGCGGAAGCUAGGAAGGUGAUGGGUAUGUUGGAUCCUCAGACAAUAGACAUGUUUUAUUUUUCCGGCUCUAAAUACACCACACCAAACUGUCCAGUGGACAUGGCGCCAAACUUCAACCCGUCAAGCGGGGCACAGAGUUACUCGCGAAGUACAAAAGACUGUAUCAGGAAUUCUCGUUACAGAAUUCCGUUUUUUCUCGAUAGGCCUGGACCCUUGUAUGAGGAAUGGACCGUCAACGCGCAUGAAGCGAGACCUGGACAUCACACUCAGGUCCAAGGCUUAAUCGAGCAUUUCCGAGACAGCUGUGGAGGUGUGAUUACUUGGCUAGACACUAAUACCAGGUACACUGCCUUUUCAGAGGGUUGGGCAUUAUAUGCUGAGAACCCACUGAUUGCUCGCGACACAAACGUCUAUGAAAAGGAACCUCUUCAGAAAUACGGAAUGCUCAAAUGGCAGGUUUGGCGCGCUCUUCGCCUCAUUGUAGACACAGGAUUGCAUUACAAAGGUUUCUCAAGAGCUCAGGCGCUUCGUUACUUCGCCGACUACGCGUGGGAUACGAGUGACAUAGCUCAGAAAGAAGUCACAAGAUAUCAGAGCGAUCCUGGACAAGCAACUGCGUACAUGAUUGGUCAGCUUAAAAUUCUGGAGCUGCGAAAAUACGCCACUAAGGAACUCGGUGACGAUUUCAACCUUAAAGACUUUCACUUCUAUCUCUUAGCGCAAGGAUCUGCUCCAAUCAGCUUUCUGGAGGACAGUAUUCAUGAGUAUGUUCGAUGUGCAAAGGAAAAGGAACAAGAAGGUUGCGAUGCUGUUCUAAACCCUGUUGUUCCGGAGGAAGAGCAAGUCACUGAAUUUCUCGGGGUGAUUGGGCAAGAAAGCUUCGAGCCCAUAGAAAAACCCCCACGAGAGGAUUACAUAUAAACUUCCUUUCUAUCCAUAGUCGAUAAUAACGAUAAUAAUUCUGUUGUGAAAAAGAUGACAAUGACUAUGGCGUGCGUUGGCGGUGACAUCGUAACAGAGACUGUUAACUUCUAGAUGCAUUGUAUAGGCCUCGACCGGAAGGAACGACAACUUAGUAAUAGUUGUCCAUUUGCGUGAACUAGGUUAUUACCCGAGCUCAAAUUUUUAACCUGAUCUGUUCAUGUUAGUUUACCAUGGUUACGACUUAGCCCCAAUAUAACGUGAAUAUUUGCAUGUGUCAUUCCCUCAUAUAUUUUUUUCCUUUUUCUCCUUAUGUUUGAUGCAAUAUUUAUGCUAUAUUCGCUUUGCUCAGGAUAAAUAUAUUGUAAUUCCCUCA